ACACUAUUUUAAAAUGCAAUUUAUUCCUGUGAUGGUACAAUUCAAUAAAAUCUUACUGACCCUUGAAUGGUAGUCUAUGUUAGAAUCAAAUGUCAAAAGCAUGACAACUGUUAAACUGUAAAAGUUAGUUUAAAUGCUACAACUAUAAUUAAAGAAAUCAUAAAAUGUAACUUUUUGGCAAACACACUGACUUGAUUAUGACUUUGGGGACAUUUAACAUUUAUGGAUGUUAUCAAGUGACAACAACAAGUAGUCUCGUGAUAACAUCACAUUUAUUCUGUAGUUUAUUUUCUCUGGCAAAGAUUAGAAAUUACUAUCUGAAGCCAAAUGGGCAGUUUUGCAUGUAUUUUACAAAGAUGUACAGAGUCCAAUGAGCUAAACAUCCCUCCCAUUACAACACACGACGCAGAGAGAUAAUUUGAUUAACAAAGUAGUUUGAAUGCUGCAUAACCUCAAAAAUAGGUGUGUAUCUCAAUCUCCUUUGUGUAAACCAGAAAUUUACAAAAGGGAAAAAAACUAAACAUCCUCCUCUUAAGUGGAACAAAGCAUUCAAACUCAAGCUAUUUGCUGGAGGACUCCUGACAACCCUUUCACUUCACUUCUAAGCUACUUAACUUAGCACGGUAGGCCAAUUGUAUAUUUUAUAUACAAUUAUUUUAUACUGAAAUAAAAUUACCUAGCUAUCAUUUACAGAUAAUUCAGCUUUGAGACUUGGACGUAACAUUAAAACAAACAGGAUGGAUGGUAUUUCAGAUGGAUGAGCUUGAUGAGACUCAGCUGAAGAAUCAUGUGGACAGUCUGAAGCAGCAGCUACAGUUUAACAGAGAGAAAACAUCCGUCGCGAUUCUAGAGUUAACUAAAUGGAUCGAGGAGAAAAUGAACGAGGAUCCAUUUCUGAAUCCAGAUGUACUGAAGGACAACCCGUGGGUGGAGUCAAGUAAAUGUGUUAUAAUAUAGUGCAAGAGCGGUCACUCAUCACUAUGGCAGCAGGAGUGACUCCACCCACAGUCAUGGUUACACUGCCCAACUUUGACUAGGACAGACAAACAUGCAAAUGUAAAUCUGCUUUCUUGUUUACGCUUAUCAUGCCACGACAUUAUGAAAAAAAGAAAAAAACUUAUUUAGUGAAAACGUAUUUAUAAAAGUGUAAGACAACUAUACAAGAACACAAUAAAAAAACAACAAAACAAAGAGG